GCUGAUUGUGAUAAGUUCGAAAACAGGUGUGGUGACGAGUUAUGUGACGCGGAUUCGGGCAAAAAUUCUUCUUCAAGGCUACUACUGUUAUCGAACUUUAUUCAUUAUAAUUUUUUUGCUACAAAUAUAAGAGUUUAGCUCGGUGGGAAGAUGUGUUGUAGGUCAGUUUGUGGGAUACUUUUUUUCUUAAAUCUCCCAUGGUCACCCGUUUAAAAGGUGAAUGGAAUGGAAUGGAAAUUUUAGCUGGCCAGCGGGUGUUUCUCCCGAACGAGGCUAAAUAUACAUUAUCGUCCGAAGCAGACAGAUAGAACGUCUAAAGAGCGUCUCCGGGAUAAACGUUGAUCUUCACAUACGACGAACUAAACUAAUGAAUUAAAAGUUUGUAUGAUAAUCUAUAUUUAUUUCGUACUAUAGGCGACCUUUCAUUCCGAUCUGUCAGCGGAAAAACAAGAUUCCUUCGAAACAUCAGCGGAGCAGUUGGUAAGCACAUCCUUGUACUAUUGACAUCUAGUGAGGGGGCUAAAUAAAUGAGAAUACAAUUGAAUACAAUGACAAUACAGUUAUUGUAGAAAGGCAACGCAGUGAUUUCUUCACGUAGCUCAGAUACAUGAGGGACUUUAAGAUCCAAAGACGCGAAGGCAACGAGAACGUCGCUUAAAAAGUGAAUUUGCGUUCUUUCAGUCUUAAUCGCAAUUAUUCCUACCCAAUUACUUUGUCAAAUGUAGGCGAACCCUCCUGGAGUUGAAUUCCAAUGGACCAUUUCCAAGUUAAGAAAGAGAAAUAAAAUUUUGUCGUUGCUUGUUUAUAUAAUCCAUAAAACGCGAGAUUAGGCAAUUUCACGUCGUAGUCGGGCAAAAACGGCAAAGAAAUGUACCAAUAAGUGUGAUGCACGUGCAAAGUUAUUGUUUUGCUUAUAAAACCUAUUGUUUUUUUACGUUCUCGUUGCCGUCCGCGUCGUUGGAUCUUAAAGUACCUAUUGCUACGCAAAACAUACUUAUGACAGUAUGUCAAUCGUGCCUCUGACCUCAAGGCAAAACAAAGAAAGACAGGAAAAAAAAAAAUGAAAACAAGAAUUCAUAGCAACGUGGAAUUAGUUUCAGUAGAAAGAUAAUAAUGAUUCUUGAAUUGUCUUUGCAGAUAUCCGAGGUUAGCCACGGCAGUGUAUCUGUUGUUUUUCCUCUCGAUGAUAAAACGUCCUCCACGGUAAGGUAUCUUAUAAUACGUUUCUCAUCUGUUUUUAGUGUUCAUAUUGCCAUUCAGUCUCAUCUGCCAUUUUUUUAAAUAUAGUUUUUUGACCCCUGUUAACGGGAGAAUGUUUUUUAGCAUGGGCGCAUCUGUAGGCGGAAAACGCUACUGUCGGGUGGACGCUAAUACUAGGCGGAAAUCCCUCACUUCUACUGUAUGGGAACUUUGCUUUAAGACAGGAACACCAUGUAUUGGACACUACUGUAAGGUAGCCUUGUUAAGUGGACACCCAUCAAGGUCGAGCAGACAGCCCCUUAAUGUGGAUACACUGUAAGAUAUAUAGACACCACUCUAAUCCGAGGUACCCUCCAGCAAAGGCUCUUCUGUGAGUCGACACCCUUGUAGGCUGGUUGCCUCCGUGAGCCAUUGUAAGGUGGACAGCACUGUAAGCGAACGGACAAAGAAACAACGACGGCGACGGCUAGGAAAACCUGACUUAAGAAGUGAAUUCGCGCUGCUUCAAACUUAAUCGCGCUCAUUCCAUCUCGUUUAAUUCGUCAAAUGUUGGCAAUUUUUUUUGGAAUUGAAUUCUAAGGGACUGCAUCAAAGUUCAGGAAAAGAAAAAUAACGUUGUUGUCUUGUGUUCCCGUCCUCGACAAAACAUGAAAUUACUACGGGCAGUUUCACGUUGUAGUCGUGCAACAACGGCAGGGAAAUGUACAAAAAAGCGUGAUGCACGUGCAAAGUUGUUGUUUUGCUAAUAUAAACCUGUUGCUUUGUCGCCGUUCUCAUUGCCGUCGCCGUAGUCGUUACUUAAGCUCCCUGCCCGUUCGAAAAUGUGUGCAGUUGUAUAAUUGGUGUUCGGCUUGAUUAAAUCAUUUACCACUCGCAAAACAUGUGUUGGGAGGAGCCACCUGCAGUUUUUAAAGCACAGUUUCUGACAGGACAUUUAUUCGACGGAAAAAACGCAAAAUAAUUGUAAAGCAGACACAUCCACUCCUCUGUAUGAAAGGGCUAACCUUGGUGGCUGUCUGUUACUAACCAUUAACUAUGAUGCUUUUUUUUUGCUUCAGGUUUGCGUACCAGCAUCUGUGAUGCAGUUUACUCAAGAAAUCUCACGAAAAUGCAAUCGUUGUCAUGUGAAAGAUCUUAGGUUGAUAAUUGUUAGAUUUUCAAACUGCAGAAAGAACUUCACUGAAUUCAAGGUUGGUUAAGGUGUCCUUAGAACCCAGGCCCCGCAUAGUGAUGGUCACCCUCGAUAUGUAGUUUAAAAUUUGCUUACCUGGAAGAGGCAUGUUUAGUUUAACUGAUAACAAAAGUUGUCUUUUACAUGUAUAACUGGAGAAAUCUAGGAUAUUAGUUGUUUAAGGUUAUUUAUCUAUUUAUUAAGUUAUUAUUAUUAUUAUUAAGUAAUUUAUUCUCGCGCAUUUUCAAAUUACUGUUCCACCCCCAAAAAGCAAAAGCUAAUCAAGUUCGGCAGAGAUUCCUUAUUAUUUGUAGGAGAUCCUUGUUAAUAUUAUUUUACUCAAGCCAAUUCACAGACUCGCUUACUUGAUCCAUCGUGUAGCUUAGUGCCGCAUCAAUAGUAUGCAUGCAUCCCAAACUAUAUGGAUCCUCGUUUACGCUGUGCUCGUCUCUACGAUUCUGUAAAGCUGCAAUUCAUAGGAAUUGCCGUGGGGUUCGGAAAUGCUGGGUGGUAUCGGCUUUCCAAUCUUGUGUGUGUGUGUUUACUUAUAAACUCAUCUUUUUUCUAGUUAACUAAAGUUGAACAAGUUUUUCACUUUGUUUUACGAAACAUUUAUUUUUUGUCACUCGACAGCUUGCUAUAGAGGAAAUGAAGUCACGUGUUCAUGAACAGGGUGUUAUUUGUUUUGGUGUAUUUGUCAGCCUAGCCCUCAAUAAUCAAAAGGUACAGUACAUUAUUCAUUUUACCUCUUCGUAGUGAACUUCACAGGAAUAUUUAACAAUUACAUAGUCUAACAACUUCGAUUUUGUCGUUUCUAACUAGAGUGAAAAUUUAUAAUAGAAUUACCGGCCCUAAGAGAGUGUUACCACAUGCAUUUGAACUCAAACCAUGAAAACCUAACGGUGACUUCCUAAUGCCCACUGCUUCGUAGAGUUAACCAACUACGCGAACGACUUCGUUUACAAAAAUUAACUUUCGUGUUUGGUGGGGUCGAAUCCCAUGUUGUAACCACUGAAAGCUAUCUUGUAUUUCAACAGGAAAAUCCUGACAAUUCAAAGCUGGCGGAAAAGGCAGCCGAAUUAACCAUCGGAGCCUUACUGGAUGUGCCCCCAAUAUUUAAUGGACAAACGUUCGACGCAAUCACGUGA